GAGAGCUCGUGAAGUGAUGCGGCUGCCAGGUUGAUCUCCAGCUAAUGGGACUUUCUCACGAGAUUAACGAUGGACGCAGCUUCGCCUCCGCAGAUCGUGGUGAACAGACCAAAUGGGCUGCAGGAAGCAGACGGUGGGGAGGGUGUGGAUUUGCCUGCAGAUGACCAUCUCAUGACGCUGAAGGCUUUGACAGAGAAAUUAAGACUGGAGACCAGAAGGCCAUCCUACCUGGAGUGGAAAGCCCGGCUGGAGGCAGAAAGCUUCAAAGAGCCCAACACUGGAAAAUGCCAGUUCCAGGAGGAGCCAGAAGGGGAACCAGUAACCAAAGAGACUGCAGAGGAGAGUCGGCCAAAGCCGCCAUCAAGGGGUGUGCUGAAGGGCUUUGAAAACAUUGAUGAAGCUCUCGCUUGGCUCAGAAAGGAGCUGACGGACAUGCGUUUGCAGGACCAGCACCUGGCGAGGCAGCUCAUGCGCCUCCGGAGCGACAUCAACACGCUGAAGAUCGAGCAGACGUGCCACCUGCACCGCCGCAUGCUCAACGACGCCACCUACAGUCUGGAGGAGAAGGACGAGUUGUCGGACCUGCUGUGCGAGUGCCCCGUCACCCCGGGGCUCGGGCUGUCGGCCCCGCUGAGACUCAUCGGGGUCACCAAAAUGAACAUCAACUCCCGGCGGUUCUCGCUCUGCUAGCUCGAACUUCAAAUGGAAAAAGUCAUCCAGAACUGCUGGGUUAGUUAACUGUGAUCCACAUAAUGAAUCAAAUGGAAGGUAUUAACAACUAAACAUAACUUUUACGUCCAUACGGAGUAUUUUUACAGCAACACAUGGUUUGAAACAAGUGUCAUCCUGUCCACCGUUCAGGCCUCAUCAGUUUUAUUCUGUUUCCAUUAAUACUAUUUUGGGACAGAGUGAAGAAUUAGAAAGCACAAAUGGAAUAUUUCAAUAUAUUUUACA